AUGGAGGCAUUCAAUGCUAAGUUCACCCAACUUGUUUCUAAUAACCAAGAUAGCGACUGGUUUGCAGCUAGAGCUUUGGACGAGCCAGAUCGGGUCAUAAAUUUUGAUUUACCUGUGGGCAGUAUAUAA